CUACACUGCCAUCCCUCUCUUUUCCAAGGUGUUAAGAGUAAAGUGUUAAGUGUCUACAUGGGAAGUCCGCAACCAUACAACCAUUACUACCUGGUUAACUAGUCCACCACCUACCCACUUAUUAUCAUCUCAUUAAACAGCUAAGCAACUCACAGUAACCUCAGUAUACCACUAUUUCUCUCUGUUCUAAGUUGUUAAGUAUAAAGUAAAGUAAUAAAAGUGGUGUGUAAGUGUGAAGUGCUCAACCACACAACCAUCACCACCUCAUUAAACCGUCAAGGAGAGUAUCUAACCCAACUCCUCUUUAAUGUAACCCUAUUCAAAGCUUCAGAUCUGAUUCAAACCUUCCCAGCCCCUUAAAGCGCCUGUCUCAUUGGGUUAGUCAGGGUCUUUUCCUCUCACCUCUUUGCUAGGGAAGGGCAGGCACCUCACACUACCUGAAUAUAGUCUAACCCAGCAUUCUCUGACCUCAAGGCUCCCUCCGCCCAAGCCUAACCUGACCUACGCUUGCCCUGACCUGACCUCAACUGACCUGACCCCUCGGAAAAUGGCGGCCUGGCCCGGGUAGUGCGUGGGAUGCCGGAGACGCGCGCCCCGCCUCCGCCGCCGCCUUCACACUUCCCUCGGCACACUCGGAAGGGGAGUGUGGGGGCUCGGAGGGUCAUGGCCACCGGCAAGACUUGUUUUAUUUUCAGGAAAAGAGAUAUUGAUGUGGGAGGGGUCAGGCCGCUGGUGUCGAGGGCGGAGAUCAACUGCGUGCGGCCUGGUGUCUCCUCGCGCUCGGGGAAGCCUACGUACAAGUCCCAGGAGGAGCAGUACCAGGAGAUCCAGGAGCUACGUCAGGAGCUGGGUCACCUUCGGGAAGAGAACUCGACCCUUCGGACACGCAGCCGUCGCCUCGAGGAAGACUUAGUGAGGAGAGACAGACAGAUACAGCAGCUGAUGGACCCAACCAAGAAUGACGAGGCUCGCCGGAAGCUGACGGACAAGGGGGCGUCCCUCGUGGCCAGCCUCAAGCUACGAGUGUCCCGCCUGGAGGCCACGCUCAGGGCCAAGGAGGCAGAGCUGGCCCGCCUCCAAGCCUCCGCCAAGGCCACGGCGCUCAAUGAGAUGAAGAUCGAGGCGGAAACUUACUAUCAGGAGGUGGUGAGACUCAGAAACCAGCUCAACAUUGUACAGCAACAACAGCAACACCAACAGCAGUACUUCCCACCACCACCACCUCCGCCAAGCCAACAACAUCACCACCACCACCACCAGCCAUCCGCACCACCACCACCUCCACCACCACUGCACAACCACCUUCAGGAACAGGCACAGCUCAACACCACACCACCACACAACCACCAGGCCACAACACACUCCAGCGCGAUGAGAGGGAAGCGGGAAAAUCGAGAGGGAGGCCGAGAGGGAGGGAGAGAGGGAGGGAGAGAGGGGCCACAGGAUAGGAGAGGGGGUGGAGAUGGCCAGGAGUCUCCCACCACGAGUCUCCGUCACGCUAUAUCGCAGCUUGAGGAGGAGAACGCAAGGCUCGGACAGCAGGUCUCAGCGCUUACAUCGGAGAAGGAGAAGCUGGUGGCUGAUCUUGAGAGGGUGCUGGGCCUGACGGAUGAGGUGAAAGGCAACUACGAGGGUCUAAGUCGCGCCGAGCUGAUGAGGGAAGUGGAGCGCAGGGAGGCUGAGGUUGGUCGCUGGGAGGCUCAACACAGACAGCUGACCGAGGCACUGGGACGGCACUCGGAGGAAAGCUCGGCCCUUCUGCAGGCGCGAGUGGCAGAGCUCCAGGGCCGCGAGGAGGAGUGGAACAGGGAGCGAACGAGUCUGCAGGAGCUGGUCAACACCCUCAAGGACGACCGCAUCUUUUACAAGGAGACGGCGCAAAAGAAAGACUCCGAGUUGGACGGUCUACGGCAGGAGGUUCAGUCUCUACAGCAGGAGGUUUCAGGCCUACAACAGCAGAGGCCGAGGCGUGGUGGUGGUGGCGGCGAACGCACCACCACCACCACCACCACAACCGGCUCUGCUCACCACCGCCCUGCGCACCACCACCGGCCUGGAACUGCGACUACUGCCUCUCGGUCAGGUUCAAGCAGUGACGCCCAGACCCCACCAAGCCGCCGGCCGCGCCCCGCCAGUGCCAGACCGCCCGCCCCAGGCACCAGACCGACCCGCACUUCCAAGGCGUCCAGCGAGCCCCGGGAAGUCCCUCCGAGUCCAUACAGGCAGCGCACCCCUUCCCAACAGCCCACAAGGAAACCCCAGCCUGCUAAAUCCACCUCCACUCGCACCUCUUCCGUCUCCUCCACCUCCCCCAGAAAGCAGAUUGGAAGUGGAAGAAGUGGAUCAGGGCAGAGUAGACAACCCACAUCAUCCUCGUCCCUGUCCUCAAAGACCCCGACACCGACAGCUUCCCCGAGUAAGCUCCCGGGAAGGCUUGGGUCAACAUCUUCAUCCCCACAGCACAGAGGAAGCCUGACCUCACCCCAGCACAGAAACGGGGUCACGAGGUCACCCAGGCAGCAAAACGGGGUCAUGGGUUCACCACAACACAGAACAGGGGUCAACGCAGGGUCGCCGAAACUCAAAAACCAGGUCAACGGGUCGCAGGUCAAGCCAGGAAGCCCGAUCAAAACCCCAACUCCAAGGUCUUCCUCGAGGUCGUCAACUCCCUCCUCAGCCCCCAGGUCUUCCCCACAUAAGGUCGCUGCCUCGCCCCGUUCGCCGUCUAAGGUCCCUCAGCCCAGCCCCAGGAGGAAGGGGUCUAGUGAGGGGUCUGCUGGUGGUGGCGUGAGUGCAAGACAGACGCCGCAGCAGACUCCGAGACGAAAAGUUAGCUCGGCCCUGUCCUCUGCGGAGGAGGACGAGAGGGUGCUGGCCGAGUUGAUCUUCCAGCGUGAAACGGACAGCAGCCUGGAGAGCACCCACGCCUCCCCCCUGGCCCGGCAACGCACGGUCACCCUCGACACCCAGGAGGAGGAGGAGGGGAAGGGGGAAGAAAGCGCCUCACCCUCCUCCUCCUCCAGACAUCUUAGUGCGAAGGAAGAGGAAGAGGAGGAGGAGGAGGAGGAGGUGAAGGAAGAGGAGGAGGUGACGCCAAGGAGGAGGAUACGGAAGGAUAGGGAGAUUGCCGAGAACAUUGAUGUCUUGCGAUCACUUCUGAUGGGCCACCUCAGCAGACAGCGUGAGGUCAACCACCUGCUGACCCGGGCGCCCCUGCUGGUGGGGGAAGGGCAGUCUCUCUAUCUCCAUCAGGGUGCCAGCGGAAGGAACCCAAAAUCACCAAAAGAAGGAAGGAAAGGAAAAUCUGAAGCAGGAGGAGGAGGGCAGACCAGAAGCCCCCGACAUGCACCAGAGGGGGAGGAGGGGGCAGGGAGAGCUGGAGGGGGGCUGGUGAGGCAAGGGACCUUCAAUGUGGAUGAGGAAGGGGAGGGAGAGGGUGAGGAUGGCCCUGUCGAUCUGAAUGCCACACUGGAUGGACAUUUGACAAGAACAAAGGCGGUGAAGCAGCUCAAGUGAGAGUGAGAGAGUGUGAGAGUUAGAAAGUAAGAGUGAGGGAGAGUGAGUGAGAAAGUGAGUGAGUGAGCGAGUAAGAGAGUAGAGCGAGACUUAGCAAGCUAGAGUGAGAGAGUGAGCGAGUGAGUUUUAUAAUGUUGUUGCUGCUUUCUACUACACCUACUACUACUACUACUACUACUACUACUACUACAACUAUCCCAACAACAACACAAAUAACAAAAAAAGGAAAAAAAAAAACGCGGUGACUGUGAUCGUGUAUGAUUUCCAAGUUCCUUUCUCGGCACAAUUAAAACGCAGGGUGAAUCUCGAGGGAAUGUUCGUUCGUUUGUUUGUUUGUCGUGCCGUCGCCGGGGAAAUAUGAAUUGUUUUUGUGCCGUGAAAUCGUCAUUGCGUUUCUAUUUUUGCUGCGUCGAUUGUCCUCUCUGUGCGUGCGUUUUAAGUAAGGUUAUGUGUUGCUUGAGAAGGCUGUAUAGUGUGGGUUGACAUCUUCCUGACAUCAUUAUUAUACAGUGGAGUCUCUGUUUACUGUUUCUUUCAAGGGAUUUCGUGUUAUGUUUUGUGAAUUUCUCUUCAAAGUAUUUCCUCGUAAUCACUGAUGAAAAUAAUUAUACAGUGGAGUCUCUGUUUAGCGUAUCAAGGGCUUUCGUGUUUUAUACUGUGGAUUUCUCUUCAAAGGAUUUCCUCGUAAUUGCUGCCCGAAAUAAUUAUACAGUAGUCUUUGUUUACUGUUUCUUUCAAGGGAUUUCGUGUUUAUAUUCAAUGGAUUUCUCGUAAAGUAUUUCCUCAUAAUCACCGACAGGAAUUUUUGUGAGUAUUUUCCUUCUCGCUAGUUAAAGCAUUGUACUAAGUGGCAGAAGCGCGCGUUAUGAGUAUUAUUAUAACCACUACUUAUUUCUCUAAGGCUGUUAUAUCAUGCACAAAUUUAGUAGUAAUAGGUUUUCAUGCACAAAGGUUACGGUAGAUCUCUUUAUUAUUGGCAUAUCGGUCUUGUUAUGUGAUAGCACUGCACGUCAAUCAUUUAUUUUUACUCCUAAAGCUGCAUUCACACGCAGCUGAUUUAGCGUUGUGUUUGGUCCCCAUCAGUGAAGAUGGCACAAAACUGACUGUGAUGGUGUAUGAUUUCCAAGUUCCUUUCUCGGCACAAUUUAAACGCAGGGCGAAUCUUAAGGGAUUGUUCGUUCGUUUGUUUGUUUUUUGGUGUGCCGUCGCUGGGGAAAUACUAAUUGUUUCAGAGCCGUGAAAUCGCCAGUGCGUUGCUAUUUUUGCUGCGUCGAUCGUGGCCAUGGUCAGCGGUAAACAUGGGCAGGCGUGUAGGGUUGCCAUUGAGCAGUUUUUUUAGCAUGUUAAAAAAAUUGGGGUUGGUUGACACCAGACAGUUGUCGGAAAUCAGCGUUGAACAGGAUAAAAAUGCCGUCGGGCAGGAGUGAGCCUCUGUCUGGCAGCAUCAAGGCGGGAGUGAGCCUCUGUCUGGCAGCAUCAAGGCGGGAGUGAGCCUCUGUCUGGCAGCAUCAAGGCGGGAGUGAGCCUCUGUCUGGCAGCAUCAAGGCGGGAGUGAGCCUCUGUCUGGCAGCAUCAAGGCGGGAGUGAGCCUCUGUCUGGCAGCAUCAAGGCGGGAGUGAGCCUCUGUCUGGCAGCAUCAAGGCGGGAGUGAGCCUCUGUCUGGCAGCAUCAAGGUGGGGGUCCGGUGCCGUGGGGUCAUGCUCAAGCUAAAGAUGGCAUGGUACGGGGUGGUGUUGUCCAUGCCUGAUCCUGUUACUCAUUAUUACCAAAGCGAAUAUGAACACAAAUAACCAGUCCAUUCUUGGUUGCGACUGAACUGCGCGCUAAAUUGGCAAUAUGUGAACCCAGCUUGAUGUGUUUAGUGUCUUUAUCAGCACAUGUGGAACUACAGUGUUGCCCAUUGCUAGGCCGUUUCUGUUUGUUCAUGGACACAAGUUCGCAUAUCAUCCUUAUGUAAUAGCAAUGCAUGGGAGUUUAAUAUCAUGCUUUUGCCUCUUAAAUUUAGUAUGUAUUUAUCCUACUUUUUGCUCUUAAGUUUAGUAUAGCUUCAAUGCACAAGGACCUGCUUUAGUGGUCAUGUAGGUAGCUGCAUUAUUUAUUUAUUAUUGGCAAGUUCUGAUGUGAUAGCAAUGCAUGUGAAUCCUAUCGUGUUUUUUGCCUCCUAAAUUCAGCAUAUCAUUAAAUUUAGUAUUGCUUUAACGCACAAGGACAUGUUUUUUUAGCUUUACAUAGGUAGCUUAUUUUAUUUAUAGGCAAGUCCUGAUGUGAUAGCAAUGCAUGUGAAUCCUAUCGUGUUUUUUGCCCCCUAAAUUCAGCAUAUCAUUAAAUUUAGUAUUGCUUUAACGCACAAGGACAUGUUUUUUAGCUUUACAUAGGUAGCUUUUUUUAUUUAUAGGCAAGUCCUGAUGUGAUAGCAAUGCAUGUGAAUCCUAUCCAAUUUUUUGCCUCCUAAAUUCAGCAUAUCAUUAAAUUUAGUAUUGCUUUAACGCACAUUUUUAGCUUUACAUAUGUAGCUUCCUUUUGUAUUUAUUAUAGGCAAGUCCUGAUGUGAUAAUGCAUGUGAGUUGAUAUCCUACUUAUUGCCUCUUGAAUUUCGUAUAUCUUCAAUGUACAUAACCUGUAUUUUUCAUCCAAUUUUCCUUAUUUCUUCAAGGCAUGCAAGUCUCUGCCCUGCUCAGUGUUGCGUAGUUUUGCUGCUGUUGGUUUUCGCAGUGACGGCAAGACUCGCUCAGCCAAAUUUUGAUACAGCGAUUCAUAUUUCACGCUGCUGGUUUUUACUUUCUUCUUCAGUGGUUCAGCGAGCAUUUGUAUUUUUACCAUUGAAGUUUUGCUGUUGGUUUUCGUAGCGACACCAAGACUUGUUCGGCCAAAUUUUGAUACAGCGAUUCAUAUUCUACGCUGCAGGUCUCUUCUUCAGUGGUUCAGCGAGGUUUUCUAUUAUUAUCGUCAAAGUUUUGCUGUUGUUUUAUGUAGCGAUGGCAAGACUCGUUCAGCCAAAUUUCAUACAUUGAUUCAUAUUUUACGCUGCUGGUUUUUUAGUUUCCUCUUCAGUGGUUUAGCGAGCCUUCAUGUUGUUAUCGUUACACUCAUAAAUGUCUCGGUAAUCAUAAUUUUGUCUCGGUCUUAUUGUCAUUGUGUUAGGGGGAAGUUCAUGUUCAUUUAGCCUCUAGUAUUACUGCUAAGAUGAUCGUUAACAUCUCUUAGUAAUCAUCAUUGUUUCUCC